AUGUGGGGAGUGUCAUACUGGGUCUUCCCCGUCAUCUCAAGCCUCUGCUGGCUGGGCAUGCUCCUCGGCCUCCUCAUCCACUGGACCUCUACGGGCCGGCCUCACUACCCGUCCAUGAACGCCAGCCAGCACAUCGCCUACAUCUCGGACGUGGGCGCCCAAUCCCUCAAGCCGCUCUUCAUCGCCGGAUCCAGCGUGACCACCGUCUUCCUCGACGCCUCCUUCCUCUCGGAGCGCUGGCUGCGCCACCGUGGCCGUCUCGCCCGGAACCAGACCACCAUGGAGAAGGUGCUGAGCUGGCUCUCGAUGGCCUUCGCGCUGAUCGGGACGGCCGGCCUGAUCCUGCUGAGCAUCUUUGACACGUUGAGGCAUCCGACGCUGCACGACGUGUUCCUGCUGCUGUUCAUUGCCGGCUACGUCAUCUCGGCCAUCUUCAUCUGCUGGGAGUAUCAACGGCUGGGAAUAAAAUACCGCGAGCACGCCAUCUUGCGCGCCUCCUUCUGGAUCAAGCUCUCCUUCAUCGGCCUAGAAGUCGCCCUCGCCGUCGCCUUCGCCGUCUGCAGCGUCAAGAAGCGCUACAACGCCGGCGCCGUCCUCGAGUGGAUCAUCGCCUUCGUCUUCACCUUCUACGUCCUCUCCUUCUUCAUCGACCUCCUGCCCGCCGUCAAGACCCGGCGUUCCGACCAGCGCUUCGGGGGCGGAGCAGAGGAGACGCAGAUGCAGAUGGAGCAGAAUGAUCGCUACGCCGCGUCGCAGAUGACGCUGGCUGGCAACGAUGUGAGGACUGUCAAUGGGCUGAAGUAUGAGGGCGGGCGGGCGGCGCCGAGUAUGCGUGACUUCUAA